UAAACAGGUUAGACGGGUUGUUCCCAUCAACAAUAAUAUAACAAGGAAGUUUCAUAGCAGCACUAGUAAUGCUUCCAAUAACUCUUCUCGUCUAAUCAACAAGGUGAUUGAAAACACCUGCUAUACAUUACUUUUGUAAAGAAACAUGAGCAGUAUACUUCCCAGCAUGCAGUGUUUUGUAUCCUGCAGUUUGAUGACUUGUUUCAAGAUUAAAUACAAAUGAGUCAGUUCAUCCACCAAUGCUGACGUCAAAGUAUAAAUCAGAUGACUUGAAUUGUCUGUUGCCACACCUGUUGACAAAAAUGUUGCAGAGCCCUGUAGCGUUUUACUUCCUCGUGUUUUCAGUGCAAGAUUCCUUCCCUUUGUCUAACUUGUCUCUCCUCAGAUGCCACCAUGCCCGUUCACAGAUUCUUCUUUUUUGCUCUUUCUGCUCCUUUGAUGUUCAAGAGCUGUGCAGCUUGCCAAGAGAUAAAAGUAUUUUCUCCAGACUAAGAGACUACCGGUGAAGACCUGCAGCUCAGACAUGAAGCGCUCCGCUCUCAUAAUCCUGAUGAUCAACAGCUUGUGUGCCUUUUCACAAAUUCCCAAUGAAUUUGACUAUGUUGUGGGCUGCUUUGAAAAUGAGAAAACUGAAGCUCAGUAUGAGUUUAAUGGAGAGGAGCUUCUGUACGUGGACUUUGACAGAAAGGAGAUUGUUUACACUGUACCCAGAUUUGUUAUUGACGACCCAAGCAAGCUAUUUGAUCAUAUGAAAGUAUUUCAGAAUGCUAAGAAAAACAAGGUCGCAUGUUCAACAAUUCUUACAAUCUUCAAAGCGGAGGAGAAAAAUCCACCAGAAGAAAAGGACCCCCCUCAGAGCAUCCUCUACACUUCAGAAGAAGUCCAGUUGGAAGUUGAAAACACCCUCAUCUGCUUUGUGAAUCAUUUCUUCCCACCUGAUAUCAACGUCAGCUGGACCAGAAACGGCCACCUGGUGUCCGAGGGGCAGUCACUCAGUCGAUAUUAUCCCAAUAACGACCACAGCUUCCACCAGUUCACCACCCUGACCUUCACACCAAAGAAGGGAGAUGUUUACAGCUGUACUGUUGAACACUCAGCUUUGGACAGGCCGAUAACAAAGAGCUGGGAACCUGAAUUCAGUCAUCCCAGUCUUGGACCAGAUGUUUACUGUGGAGUGGGCCUGACUCUGGGCUUGGUGGGAGUCGCAGCUGGAACUUUUCUAAUGGUUAAGGGACACCAUAGACAGUAAUUUAGAAGAUACACAUGAAACCUAUGAUGAUGCUGCACAGGCAUUUUACACACAAAAAUAAUUUUUUAGUGCACUAUUAUUCAUCUUUUAAACUGUGACUUGGCUUGAGAGAGGUUUGACAAGUAGGCCUGCUGUGACCUAAUGAAGAAUUAAAUAAAUGAAGAUUAAAUAAUCAGUUUGCAAAUGCAUUGUUCCAACACAUUACCUAAACACACACGUGGCCACACCUUAAUACCCUGUACGGAUGCUAGAUUAUGUUCUACUUCUUAAGAGAGUCACGUUUUAUGGAAUAAAUAACGUAUUCUCAAAUUACAUUUGACUUCUAAAAUAAGGGACUUUAAACUAAACUUCUCCACCACAAGACACACAAUUAAAAUGCCAUUGUAUACAAUAAUUCAAUAUAUAAUAGUAUAUACUGAUAUAGCUCACUAUUCUACUGCAUAAUAACUACUUGACUGUUGACCAUUUAAAUAUUGUGUUCUGAUAAGACCUAUUUGUUCUCAAGUAACAUCUUAAAUGCAGAUAUUUUACUUUGUAUUGUAGCAUUAUGACAAUAUCUGAACGUCAAUAAACCUGUUAAAAUGCUAAACAUUA